AUGGGUAAAGCGCUGGGAGGUGUAAAACAAAACCCGCAGGGAAAAGCUCCUGUAUUAUGGAACAGCGAGUCCCAGACUGCAACACCAACUCAACUGCCAGCCUGCCAAGGGGUGCUCCCAAAUAACCAGCGACAGGAGCAGAGGCAGGAAAGUGCCUUUGGGAAGUCCUCAACUGCUUUGCCAGUUGAACCAGUUCACAAGAGUCACCAAGGGUAUCCAAGUCUGUUGAAGGAGAUGUGUGUGUCUGCUAUGAGGGAUCUUGGGAGCAAUCACAGUUUUGCCAUCUUUGAAGAGAACAGUACUUAUUUCCUUAAAUGCUAUCUAUUCACUCCUCCAGUAGGGGCAAAUCACCCUUUAUUUCCACACCAGGAUGUUGUGCCUUUAAUAGAUCCCUGCUCAGGUUUUGUGAGUCCAGCAGCAGGUGCUGAACAGCAGCCCAAUGUUGGAAGAGCUAUUGAAUCUCUGGCAGACUAUAGCAAUAGAGAACCUCACAGAGUCCCCACCAUAGGUGACAGUGCCCAGCUUGAACAUGGAUACCUCCUGGGGGAAACCAGCCAGGACAGAAAGGGGAAGUCCAGGGUGCUACUAAGCACUUUUAGAGCUUACAAAGGAGAUCCUUGGGAAAUGUUUUCUUCCAAAAUACAGCCUCCAAAAUCAACAGGGGAGAUGUUGGAUGAUCCUAUUUCCCAGUAUUUCACAAAAAGACGAUACAAUCCCAAACCCAAAAUAAGCCAAGUUGUUGGAGACUUCUGGGACAGAUUUCAAACAAGAUCUUUUACCUUUCCACAGAGAUCUGGUGGUUUUGUAAGCCAAAGCUCUCAAUCCUGUCAUAUCCCUUUGUAUAUCUGCUGUGUUGGUGCAGUAAAUUUUGAAGGCAAUGCUGAUGUAGAAUUAUUCCUACUUAACCAUGUUCAAACUUCCAAACCUCACUACACAAACAUUGCACACACUCCAAAUAUUCCUGGAUACACUGGUGAGGUUCAUUGGUCAGCAACUCACCCAGCAAAUUCUAAUCUUCCAUCAACAUCCCCAUCAGUAAUUGCAGGAAUGCAUGGACACAUUGCAAAACAUGGAAGUUGA